GACAUUCUUGGUAGAAGAGUACAUUUGCGUGCGCAGGCAUUUUUAAAAUUAUUUCCAUACUGAAUUUCAACGUGAAUAGUUUCUAUUCUUUAACGCGCGUGAAAUUUGUGAAUGUAAUUUUUAAAUUUUAGUGACGAAAAGUGAAUUUUCAAUGUUUUAUUGACAGUGAGUGAAUUAAAUAAACCGAAAAAUUACGGCAUUUAAAACAUAACAUAAACAUAAAGUCCAAGUAGGAAAAGGAUCCAAUUUUUGUGUUACAGCUGAAUUUAUAUUUUAUUGCAAAUUUGAAUGUCGUGUUGAAAUUUAUGAAGAAUACAAUAAUACACUGCACAAACGUUUUUAAGUUGUGUUUAUCAUAGCCUUACGGUAUUAAAGCCCGGCCAUAAUUCAUAUCUACAAUAAAAAAAAAAUAAUUUGGUGAGGCGAUGUUGGCGACCCAAACAUGUAUACGCAUUAUUUUCUAGGAAAAUCUGCCAGGAAAAUGCAAGUUAAAAGAAGCGUAAACUUUUUUGGAAACUAACUUUGAAAAGUACGUUCCAUUUGUUUGAAGAGUCUGGAAACGAAUUUCAGACAAGUGAAUUGGAAAUAAUUUCCAUUGAAAAAGAGAAAAAAGUUCGGAAAAGAGAAAAACUGAAAGUAGAAAACAGAGGCGCUUUGAGAUGUUUGCGUUCCACAAGCCCCGAGUGUAUCGCUCGGCCGAAGGAUGUUGUAUUUGUCGUGCCAAGUCCAGCAGUUCGCGGUUCACUGAUUCGCGCAAAUACGAGCAGGAUUCCAUGAAAUGCUUCGACCUAAAGUAUCCUCGUCACGGCGAGAUUUGUAAUGCAUGCGUGUUGUUAGUGAAGCGUUUUAAGCGUCUUCCGGUGGGCAGUACUCGACAUUGGGGACAUGUCGUCGACGCUCGGGCAGGCCCUGGAACGAAGUCCAUAUCGAAAUACAAGAAGAGUCGGGACGAUGCAGAAAAUACAAGCAACAAUUUAACAAGUCGAUGCACACAGAAUUCCAAGUCGGCUUUAGCGGAGAAAUAUUCUAAAAUUUAUAAAAAAAAUAAACAUAAAAUAGCUACUGGUGGAGAGCUACAUUCGAUACACAACACACUUGAAACUAUGGAUAGCGAUUAUGAAGAUGUUGCUGAGGUCGGAGAAACUUGCGAAGUCAGGGAAAGUAACCCACAUAGCAAUAGCUCAUCUGUGCAAUUUCAAACCCAAACUCGCGCCUCUCGCAAAAGGACGAACAGCAUUCAUUGUCGGAAGGACCCUUUAAAGACAGGCAGUAAGCGACGAAAAAGUAUGCCACCAAAGAGAAAUCGGUCUACGUUAAAGCUUUUCAAUGAUCACGCCCAAUUCUUCGAUGAAUCAGAGUGGCAAGAGCGUAAGUCUUGCUGUGGCUUAAUUCUUUUAUGCCCAAAAUUGUUUGGAACAAUAUUAUUCGAUACGGAAAACUUUAAGGCCUGCUCAGAACACCAAUGUUCUCAAGUUGUUGAGAUUAAAGAUAAUGUGAAAACACAAAAUCAGUCUUCAAUAAGACUUCAAAGGGCAAUCAACGCUACAAGGCCAACGGUAGAGCAAACAUCAGCGCCAUCAACAUCAGUGCAUAGCAUUUACGAAACUUCAUUACCCACUCCGGUGCCUGUUAUUAAUACGAAUUCUACUCCAGUAUUGAAGAAACAUCAUUUGUUUUUCAAAAGGCAGUCUGAAUCUUUCCCCCAAGUGGAUCUCGCUGUCAAUAACAGCAUAAUAAAUUCAUCAAAUAAGACUGAGUUUCUUGGAGCAAUAACAACAGCUCCGGUUAUCAUUAAAAACAGUACUAACACCACCAACCCCAAAAGUACAACACCGACCGUACCACAUCCAUCUGAAAUAUCAAAUGGAAACAGCUCAUCUACUCUAGUUUCCACACCACUACCACUACCACUAGCAAUUAACACUACAAACAUAUCUGCCAUAUCGAGCAUUUCCCCUUCUAGUGCCACAUCUGUGAGUGCGCACAUGCCGCGACAUUCUACAGCCAAAGUUACAACAAUUUCCCCGCCUUUGUCAACAACAAAUAUGACUGGUGGCAAUAGACUUUUACAUAAAAUUAAGACAGGAAAAAUAUUAAAGAAUUCUCAGGAGAAAAUAGGUGCCACCACGCCAGGGAUUGGACGAGUCUCACCAGCGGCUGUUGAGCGGAUUAAAGGUGGUGAUUUGCAGGAGUUGAAACCAGUAAUUCGCAGUGUGCCAAAAUCGUACAUACUAACGAAGCCAACGAUAAAUGGGCAAAAGUGCAAGCAAUACAACCCAACCGGGUCGCCACCAACAUCGGCAUGCGCUAACUCCGCGGCUAAUUCAUCAUCCACGGUGGCACCCAAGUUUAGCGACAAUUCUUCCGAUUCGGGUUUCGAUGAAAAUCUGCUAGAUCGGAAAUCAGCAAGUCCGUUGAGGGAGGAUAUUGGUAAUGUGAAACCGGUCAUAAGCCUGUCAACCGGCUUUUCCUCAACGGGCCCAAACCAGACUUUGUUGCUGGCAUGCAAUGAGAGUGCAACCAGAACGCCACAUAUGCAAAAUAUGUCGCGAAUGGUAACAUCGAAUUCCGGUGUAAUGCACCAGAACUACCAACAUCAAUCGGCGGCAAACAAGACUGGUGGCCGUGUUGGUUCAGCUAAAAAAUCAUUGAAAAUUUCACAAGUCAAGCCUACAACAAUAUCGGUGGGUAGUACAAAUAAUAGCAUUUUGGGAGCUCACAUUAACACGACAGCGACAGCGACAGCAACAGCAACACCAUCUAUUCGUGCAAUCUACAACAAUAAUACAAUACAACAUGAAAACGGCGUGACAACGAUCGUACCGGCUUCUUCGUUAGCUGCCACCACACAAACGGCUGCUAUGAAUGCACUUGCCCCCAGCACCGUUACCAUAACACCAGCUCCGAUCCAUCAUUUAGGGGGCGCGGCAGUGAGCCUAACAAAAAAAUUAACCACAUCAGGUCUAGGAGUGAAUUUAAUUGCCACAAAUGGCAAUAGCCAGAGCAAUAUUCUGCACACGGUCACGAAUACUGCGUCACAUUUGAUCAAUCAUGCUAACAGUGCACUGAUGCAGCAACAUCACAAUACAACCACUAAUAUGAAUCAGAAGAUAAUUCUCUUGAAGACUGCCGGUCCCACAAAAUACAAUAAUUUUGGGAGUAUCGGCAGUAAUGGCAACGUUAACAAUGUAAAGACAACUAUUGGCAUGGGCAUUUGUAAAAAUUGACCAAAUGGAGGUCGACCGAGGUUGAAGCAGCAGCGGGUAACUUAAACGCUAUUUUGUCAGUAGGGAUUCUGAGGCAUUUUACAUACACUGAUAUUAAUUGCUUUUACGUUGCUACAUAAACAUAUAUAGUGCAUAUAAAUAGUAUAUAGUGGAAUAGUGGAAUACUGAAUGCUGACUGUGCGCCUCUCGUGACCCAUCUCUUAUUAAACUAUUUAGUAUGUAACGUUAAUAUGAACAUUUUAAAUUAGUUGAGCAAGUGUGACUACAUUUUUUAAGUGCUUUUUGGCCUUAUUUGUGCUAAGCAUUUUAAAGUUGUCGUUGCGGUAAAGAAUAGAAAAUACUCUUUUAAACAUAUUUUUUAGUGAUGAGAUUCAGAGCAUAAUAAACACCACCAUUUUCGAAAUGAGGGAAGAAACACUUUUUAUCGCUGCCAUGGGAGCAAUAAUUUCGACAGCUUUGAGAGGGUCUAUAUAUAUUUACUAUAUGUUUUAGUUUUAUGCGCAUAUUGCCGGUUACAACUAUGUUUAAUUUCAUUCUUAAUUUAUAAACUUUUAAAUAUUAUCUUGUCUACCACAUACAUAUGUAUAAAUACUUGCAUAAUUCAUAACAAUGGGCACACGCACAUUACUUUUUAAAGUUUAUUUGCGAAAUAUUAAGUUUACGGCGAGGAUAAUAGGUAUAAAGAAAUAUAAAUGCCUUUCUGCUCUAUUUUUGUAUUUUGUACAUUUUUUCUAUAUACAUCUAUAGAUAAUAUAAUAAACUCGUAAAUCUUUGCUAUACAACCAGAAUGUUUGGCAUUUCAUAGCAUUUUUAAAGUAUUUUAUUAAGUUAAGAGGCAAAACUGUUCACGAAAAUACAGAAAUUUCUGUUUAUGUGCAAAUAUUUUGUUGUUGUAUUGACGGUCUCCAUCUGGUAUCGCUAGGGACCAAAAGGUCUAUGCGUGGCUUAAUGCCAACCAGGCUAACCUAACCUAAAGGUUUAUGAGUGUACUAGCAAAAUCAAUAAAUAAAAUCAAACAUAUUUAAUUAAUAAAACUAAAUUAAAAAAGUGGGCUAGUGUGCACAAGGGACAAGUCUUAAGAGCUGAGUCUCAGACGCAUUCAUAUUUUGUAAGACCGCCACAAUAUUUUCCUACUGCCUCGAUCCUUUUUGGCACAGAGCUUGUUCGAGUUUCUUUCAGACUCGCUGUGUUGCACGAUUAAAAUUACGAUAAUUAAAGUAUCACGUUCGAUGUGAAAUUAUGGCAGCUUUGGCAAAAGUACAACAUUCUAACCAACAAACUUCUUCUCUUUGUUAUAUUCAAUCGUAAAUUACCGCCAAUAUCCAAGUUGUGAAGGAAAAUAUUUAUAGGAAACUGCUUUAUUUUUAUUUAAAUAUCCACCUUCACUUAUCUAUGCAAAAUAAAUGCCGGGCGGACAUGAGAAAAAUAUCAGCUGUGUUACAAGCCUCCAAUAAGUCCAUACACCAUCAACAAAACACAAAUAAAAAUGUUUGGGAGUAUACCUGGGCAUGCCGAAAGGGCUCACGCCCAUAAUUUAAAAAUUUGUAUUGAAUAGUCAUCAAUGGUCUUUCGGCAAAAAUCGCUCAAAGACACUCGAGUUGUCUAAUCCCAUUCUCUACAAACCACGUUUUUUGUUAUUUUUACUGUAUAUUUCGGCUAUUAUCCGGCAUAAAAACGGGCUUGUUUCAAUAUUUCCCUGGCCACGUUGAAGUAUGUAGACUUGGAAUUAUUCUCAUUUCCGCGAAGGCAUCCCCAAACCAUAAGUGACCCGUUUCCAAAUUUCAGCGUUGGGAUGUUGUGGUGCUGUACACCCACUUCUUUAUUAAUUCAUUUCCAUAUGUCGCCAUCUGAUCCUACUCAAUUGACCUUAGUUUCAUUGGACCAAGCAGCUUUCUCUUAAUUAUGAUGAAUAGUGAAAUAUUCACACGUUUUAGCAAAGUUUAAGUGUGUUUAGAAAAAUAUUACCUUGCCGUUGUUGUUAUGUGAAUGAAAUAACAUGGGAAUGCACAUCUCCUAUAUUUGUGAGCAGUUGUGUCCUUUACUGUAUAUGCCAAUAGUUUUAUUUUAUAAUAAUGCCUGCUCGCAGAAUGCAAUACUAUGUAUCGAAUAAAAAGUGGACAACAACAAUGAACGUUUUAAUUUACUGUGAACCCUAUGUAAUAUUGAAAAAAAUUAUUGAAUAAGCAAUCAUCUAAAUACAUACAUACUUACAUACAACAAAAA